GUCAAACGCCUGGGCGAGGGAGGGAGAAACACCAUGGCGUCCGAACAGGAGAGCUCCAACGGGCCCGUGAAGCGGUCCAUGAGGGAGAAGGCCAUCGAGCGGCGAGCCGCCAGCAAGGAGCACAACAGCAACUUCAAGGCGGGGUAUGUGCCCAUCGAGGAGGAGCGGCUGCACAAGACAGGGCUGCGCGGCCGCAAGGGGACACUGGCCGUGUGCGUCAUCGUCCUGCUCUUCCUGCUCGCACUCAUCAACCUGAUCAUCACGCUGGUGAUCUGGACGGUGCUUCGGAUCGGGCCCAGCGGCUGCGACAGCAUGGAGUUCCACCACAGCGGCCUGCUGCGCUUCAAGCAGAUGGCUGACAUGGGCGUGGUCCACCCGCUCCACAAGAGUACGGUCGGGGGCAGGAAGAACGAGGACCUGGUCAUCACCGGCAACAACAACCCGGUGGUGUUCCAGCAGGGCUCCACUCGGCUGAGUGUGGAUAAGGAGAAGACAUCCAUCACCAGUGACCUGGGCGUGUCCUUCACUGACCCCCGCACGCAGAGCACAUUCUUCAGCACCGACUUCGAGAACCACGAGUUCCACCUGCCCAAGGGGGUCAAGGUGCUCAAUGUGAGGAAGGCCUCAACAGAAAGGAUCACCAGCAGUGCUUCGUCAGACCUGACCAUCAAAGGGGACAGCAAGGCAGUGAUCCGCGGGAACGAGGGCGUCUUCAUCAUGGGGAAGACUGUGGAGUUCCGCAUGGGCGGGGACAUCGAGCUCAAGGCUGAGAACAGCAUCGUCCUGAAUGGGUGGGUGAUGGUCAGCCCCUCUCGGAUGCCCAACUCGUCGGCAGUGGGGGGCGAGCUGUUUUUCGACGAGAGUCUGGAGCGCUACAAGCUGUGCAUGUGUGCAGACGGGACGCUGUUCCGCGUGCAGGUCAAGUACCAGAACAUGGGCUGCCAGACCUCCGACAACCCCUGCAGCUCCACCCACUGAGGCACAGCCAGCUGCUGCCGUGGAGACGAGACGGGGACAGGAGGGGAGCGGACCCUCAGCACAAACACACACACACACACACACACACUCUCACAGAGAAACACACACUCACUCGCACACAU